CCACUCAAACCAAAUGAAACAACCAAAUCAAAGUCUCGACCUUUCUCCAUUGUUGUGUUCUUUGAGAGACAAGGCCACAAAUUGGCUCGCAGAAAUACUGAAGGAAGAGAGCCUCCAUAGCUACAAUACAACCCCAUUCCAACUCUACUCCAGUUCAUUCAAGUCCUAUUUAUUAAAUUUUACACUUAUUAUAUUUUUACCAUGACAUCCCGUCCCGAAUUGACGGGCCAUGCGUCGUUGUUUUACAAUCAAAAAGAGGCGCGCAAGUACCAUUCGUCCUCGCGAAUGAUUGGAGUCCAACGAGAAAUUACCGAACGAGCCAUGGAACUAUUGCGAUUGGAUCCCAAUACUCCCGCACUGAUUUUGGAUGUCGGAUGUGGAUCGGGAUUGUCGGGACAAAUUUUGGAAGAAAACGGACAUGUUUGGUUGGGAUGUGAUGUCUCGAGAGAUAUGCUUACCGUUGCCAAUAAUACUGCCAAACAACAAAGUCAACAACCACCAAAAGAAGAAUCCAUGCAACAGGAUGAUAGUGAUGAUGAGGAAGAGGAAGAAGAAGAAGAAGGAGCUUCGACGGGAGAUCUCAUGCAUCAUGACAUGGGCACGGGACUUCCCUUUCGCCCCGCCACUUUUGAUGCCUGCAUUUCCAUUUCGGCACUCCAGUGGCUCUGCUAUUCCAAUUCCAAGAAUCAAAAUCCAAAAAAGAGACUCCUACGAUUCUUUAGUUCCCUCUACACGGUACUCAAACGAGGGGGUAGAGCUGUAUUGCAAUUCUAUCCCGAAACGGCCGAUCAAGCUGUAUUGAUUAGUGAAACUGCCACCAAGGUGGGAUUUGCCGGAGGCGUCGUCGUCGAUUAUCCCAAUUCGGCGAAGGCCAAAAAACACUACUUGGUUCUCUCCUUUGAUCGAUCCUCCACUCAACAGCAACAACAGCAGCAGCGACCAUUGACUACUGGUAUGCACGAACAACAACAACAACAACAUGUUACGGUAGGAUCCACCAUGGAGGGUGCCAACAAUAAGAAAAAGAAGGCACCCAAAAAGAAAAAGGGUGUCAAAACCAAGGAAUGGAUUGUACACAAAAAGGCCAUGCAGAGAAAAAAGGGAAAGGACGUUCGGCCCGAUACCAAAUACACGGCACGAAGGAGGCCACACAAGUUUUAGUUGUCAACAACUACACGACAAUUCAUUUCAUACUA